CCCUUCCACCUCUACACCUUUCUUCUCUCUAGGCGCACAACAACCAACCUGGAGGGGGCGAAGGGGGCGGGGUCAAUAGGUUUCCCUUCCGGUCGGGAGGCCGGAAGUGGUGGUCUCCGUUGGAAACGCGGCCUAGCGAGCUGGUGGGAGCCAGGAAAACAUGGGUCGUAGGAAAUCAAAGCGGAAGCCUCCACCCAAGAAGAAGAUGACUGGAACACUUGAGACCCAGUUUACUUGUCCAUUCUGUAACCACGAGAAGUCCUGUGAUGUUAAAAUGGACAGAGCUCGAAAUACUGGUGUGAUAUCCUGUACAGUUUGUCUGGAAGAAUUUCAGACCCCUAUAACCUAUCUUUCAGAACCCGUGGACGUUUACAGUGAUUGGAUAGAUGCUUGUGAAGCAGCCAACCAGUAGCAGCAACUGGAGGGGAGCCAGCCUCACGUUGACAACCUUUCUAAAUUUGGGGGGGCAGGGUGGGAGGGUUUGUGUGUCUGUUAUGUAAUGCAUUAUUACUUAAUGCAUAGAAGAGACAACUGGAACAGUGGGGAAAUGAGGGCUCUUAUGCAGUUUGUAACUAUCCAGUAAACUUGUCCUUUUUCAUGUAUUUUGGGAGAUUUGGGGACUAAAGACUAUUGGUGGGACCUGCAAGCGUGGGAAAGGCCAGUAGUUUUGUGAGCUGCCUGGCCAUUGGAAAUCUUGCUGUGCAAGGCUCCACUGGAUGUGAUCCAUCACAUGUUGCAGCUCAGUUUAUAGAAGAGAUUUCAUGGCAGCUUGGUGCUCACUGACAUUCCUUGGAAUGCUGUGCUUCCUGCGCCAUGGUUGAAUUGCAAUGUUUGGUAAGCAAGAAUACACAGAAUAUAAGAAAUAAUUUCCUCCUCAUCCCACACCAUAAUUCUUUUGAGUGUUGAUCACUGGGCAACUUGCCCUCUUGAUUGGUUGCCUCCAAUUAGGAAGGAUGAUAGUGCAUUGCAUUUGUGUUGUUUCUGACAAUGCUAGAAGAAUAUCCUUCAGCCCCUUCCCUCUCAUCAUUUCAUUUUUCUGUGCACUUUUGCAUGCAGGACUUCUCUGUCCUUUUUGAUACUAUGCAACUGGGCAAGCAGAACUACUUCUCAGACUCACUUUGGCCUCUCAUUAAGACUCUUGAUUCUCCAACAUGGUCUAUGGUUCCUUUUUUUAUUUUACUAUUUCAUAUGGGGUCUCUGCAUCCAAUGAAGAAAGUGUUGUUUUAUUAGGAAUUCCUUAUUUAAAAGCCAAUUAGUUGCCAGCAUUGUUAACUGUGUUUCUAUGGCUAGGUCCUCUAUGGCAGUGGAUAUGGGAUUUUGAGACUUCUAUCAUGGCAUAAUAAAUUUUAUUUAGAGGAUUAAGCAAGCCUGCAUUGCUGAGAAAAUGUGCCAUCUUUUGAGAAAUAUGUGCUUGUGUAAUAUACAUAAGUGGAAUUGAAUAGUAUAUUGUAAAAAAGCAAGCCCUUUCAUCCUGUGUGUUUUGUUUCAUUCUUUUUAAAAAUCUUUUGCAGCAUAUUUCCAGGUGUUUGGUGAGCAUACCCUCUGCCAGUUUGGCUUGCCUUUUCCUAUUGGGCUUCAAUGGCAAGCUGUGAGGAUCUUAGCUUGCAGGACAGGAGUAUGAUUCUGUAUCUGGAGAUCAAGUAAGAGGGAUACUUUGGCCCAUUCCCAACAGAAUGAUUUCUGCGCUUUCUUGGAAAACAGAUGAUCAAUCCUUGUAUGUAGAUAAUGUUCAAUGAAUCUGAAACUCAGAUUCAUUGUAUUUGAGGAGCUGUAUUUGAGUUUUCAUUGUAUUUGAGGAUCUUCCGUUGCAAUUAAUACCCCUUUUAAAUAAAUGCUAUACUGGAAAAGCAGACCUUACUGUUGAUGA